AUUUGGUACAAAGGAGUUUGCAGUACCACGCAUGAGCGCUGUGCCCUUUGCCGUGUUGGCUGCGUGCAAGCCGGAGGAACUGGCUGGACGAAAUUGUACAGGGACGGAGGGAGGUAAGAGGUCCGCUGGGAUUCAGCCAUCAAUGAUCGGGCUGGAAGAUGGCGUCGACCCCAGGCUUCAACGCCACGGUGCUCACCUCAGUCCCACCCUCCACGUUCGACAACACCGCCAACCCGCUCGCCGGCCAGGGGGAGGCGACCACGUUCAACGGCUCAGACUGCUUCAAUCCGCUGGGAAAGCCAGUCGCGCAUCUGCGGAAUAGUUUCGGAGGCAUCCCUACUGUCCUACUCAUUUACUUCAUCCUCUUCUGGAUCCUGAUCACCAUAUUUUCCCUACUGAGGAAGAAAGCCUGGGAUUAUGGACGCGUUGCCCUCUUUGCUGUCAACGUCAGCCACCCUGAGGACGAACUCAACACCUACCAGCGAUUCACCUCCCCCUCCUCCUCCAGCGAGCACCUAGUGAAUGAUGUGGGCCAUUGCUCGUGGCUGGUCAACACCUUCUCCAUGAUGGACAGUGAACUACAGGAGCAGUGCGGAGACGAUGCCAUGCUGUACCUGUCCUUCCAACGCCACCUCAUUGUCAUCCUCAUCGCCAUGAGUGUCAUGUCCGUGGGAAUCAUCCUGCCCGUCAACCUCUCCGGCAGCCUGUUGACCAACGAUCCUGAACUUUUUGGCAGAACUACAAUUGGAAACAUAAAAAUCAAGAAUGACAUCCUGUGGCUUCACACCGUCUUUGCCGUCAUCUACCUGCUGCUGACCGUGCUGGUGCUGAGGCACCACGCCUCCUCCACCAGAUACACCGGAGAGGACGUGGUGAAACGCACACUAUUCAUAGCGAGGAUACCGAAGCAGGCCAAUGAGGAGACCAUAGGCAGACACCUCAGGGAGGCCUACCCAACGUGCACCGUUCUGGAGGUCCAGCUUUGCUACGAUGUGGAGUUCCUGAUGGAGUUGAAUGCCCGGUGGGUGGCAGCGGGCCACAGUCGAGACUACUACAGAGCGCUGAUCCUAGACAGAGGACGCAGAGUCUACAUCAACCCGAAACUGUGCGGCCAUUUCUGCUGCUGCAGCUUCAGAGGAUGCGAGCAGGUCGACGCUGUGGAUUAUUACACAAAGCUGGAGAGUGAGUUUCAAGACCAGUUCAUGCAGCAGAGAGACGUACCCAUCAAGAAAUCCCUCGGUCUCGCCUUUGUCACCUUCCAGGAUGAAGCCAUGGCAACGAUGGUGCUGAGGGACUUCAGCAACAUCCGAUGCCAGGGCUGCAGGUUACUGGCCAACAGCCAGCCUUCCAACCACAGCCAAAGCCUCCAGGUGUCCAAAUGGGUGGUCAGCUACGCCCCAUCAGCUCAGAACGUCCACUGGAAGAAUCUCUCGGUGCAGGGAGCCCAAUGGUGGCUGCGUUGCAUCUUCAUCAACUUCCUCGUCUUCAUCCUGCUGUUCUUCCUCACCACCCCCUCGAUCGUGCUGUCCACCAUCGACCAGCUCAACAUCACCCGCCCCAUCUACUACCUCAACGACCCAGUUAUCAACCAGUUCCUGCCCACCCUCCUGCUCUGGUCCUUCACCGCCCUGCUGCCGACCAUCGUUCGAUACUCCACCAUCUUUGUGGGUCACUGGACCAGGUCAGCUGAGAACCGCAUCAUGAUGCAUAAAGUCUACACCUUCCUCACCAUUAUGGUCCUGAUCCUGCCUUCGCUGGGCCUCACCAGUCUGGACGUCUUCUUCCGUUGGCUGUUUGACAAGAAAUUUCUGGACAAAGGCAAGAUCAGAUUCGAGUGCGUGUUCCUCCCGGACCAGGGCGCCUUCUUUGUCAACUAUGUAAUUGCUGCUGCCUUCAUCGGGAACGCCAUGGCUCUGCUGCGUCUGCCCAGUCUCCUCCUCUACACCUUCAGGAUGCUGGUGGCCAGGUCUGCGGCCGAGAGGAACCUUGUCAAGCAGCGCGAGGCAUAUCCGUUUGAGUUUGGACUGAACUAUGCGUGGUUACUGUGCAUCUUCACAGUGGUGACAGCUUACAGCAUCACCUGCCCCAUCAUUGUUCCUUUUGGUCUGAUGUACUUGUUGCUGAGACACAUGGUGGACAGGUACAACCUCUACUAUGCCUACCUGCCCACACAGCUGAGCCAGAGACUACACACAGCCGCAGUGAAGCAGGCAGCCACCGCCCCCAUCAUCUGUCUCCUCUGGCUGCUCUUCUUCUCCGUCAUCCGAGGAGGUUUGACGGCUCCGACCUCCAUCUUCACCUUCGUGGUGGUGCUCCUCACCAUAGUCAUCUGCAGCAUUUUGGGAUGCGCUGAGGACAAAUACUUCACCAUCGACAAGGUACUAAAACUGCUCCCACAGUCGACGGAAACGGAACAAACAUCACAGGCGUGGCAAUCGAGAAUCUUCAUCCCGAGCUUCCUGCGGUUAUCCAAGCCGGAGGACCUCCUGGAUCCACAGAAGCAUCCAUCGUAUGGUGCCAUUGGGAACAGCAGCCAGCUCCUGGCAGAGGAAACUGUGCAGCCUCCAGAUGACGCGUCUCCUCCGGACAAUGCAGACAGCGAUCAGAUAUAUCUGGUGGACGCCGGAGAUGGAUAGAUCUGAGAAACACUCCUGGAUUCACCCCCAACUCUAACUGCCCACCAUGCAAUAGUGUUGUUGAAGACCGACGGCCACAUUAGACGGCACGCUUACCUCAGA